GUCACCAUGUUGGACAAGAAGGACGUCCACCCUACGGCGUUGCCGUCGACGACUUGGAUCUUUGGGCUAUUCUGCUUGAUCAAUCUGCUCAACUUUGUGGACCGCGGGAUCAUCCCUGGUGCGCCGACGCAAUUCCAAUUCUUUAUCAAGGAGACGUUGCACGUCGCAGUGGGGGACGAGAGCAAAUACCUUGGGCUCCUCGCGUCGUCGUUCAUUGCGAGUUACGCUGGGUUCAUCCUUCUCUUCGGGUACCUCUCAAUCUUUAUGAAACCAUUUCACCUCGUUGCCAUGGGCCUCUUUGUGUGGUGCUUGGCAGUCGUCGUGUGUGGAUCGGCCAAGCCUGCCAACAGCUUCUACGUGCUGUUGUUUGGCCGCAUCAUCAGCGGCAUCGGCGAGUCGUCCUUCCAGUGCAUAGCUCCACCGUUCAUCGACGACCACGCGCCACCCGCCCAGCGCACGCUCUGGCUUGGCGUGUUCUUCUCGUGCAUCUCAGUCGGCACAGCUGUCGGGUACGAGUACGGAGCCCUGAUGGCGAAUUCCGCGUGGGGAUGGGGAUGGGCAUUUCACUUGGAGGCGAUCAUGAUGGCGCCGUUGGUACUCGCAUGCGCAUUCUGCAUCCCUGACAUGUACAACCGAGCGAGCCAGGAUCACCACCACCACCACCACGUUCCCCUCCCAACCGACGACACGGAGGACGACCCAAACAUCGACGACGACAGCCUCGUCAAGCCGACACAGAACCCUUUGGCUCCAAUGCAUGACCGCCAAUCUUUCGUCAUGGAAGUAUGGGCAGUCGUCAACAAUGCAGUGUUUAUGCUCACUGUGUUUGGCACCGCCGCGUUCACGUUUUCCCUUGCAGGGCUCAGCGUGUUUGGCCCCAUGUUCCUGAUUGGGCUCGGACUGUUCGAGAAGGAGACAGAAGCGUCGAUGGUGUUUGGGUCCGUCGUCGUGGUCAGCGGGAUGAUCGGGACGCCUCUAGGAGGUCUCGUUCUCGACUGGUCGUGUCGAUCCCGGCCCCCCUUGCGACAAUACAUCGCGCUACGCCAAGUGUUUCUCGGCAUGUCGAUUGGCACGGCGCUGUCCCUGGUUGCGUGGUGCAUGCUCCCAAACAAGUGGGGGUUCCUGCUUUGCUUUGGCCUCGCGUUGUGCUUUCUAUUUGCCACGACGUCGUCCAACGCAAUUGUGAUCCUUCUCUGCGUGGACCCGACGAGGCGAUCUCUGGCCGUGGGGGUCAACACCCUGUUGUUGCAUUUGCUGGGAGACGUCCCGUCCCCAAUUAUCCUCGGAGCGCUCAAGGACGCGUGGGCGCCGGACUGUGGCUCGAUUGAACGAGAUGGAGCAAUUGUGCUCAAUCCGGACUGCGCCAAAGACUUCCACGGUCUCCUCCUCUCGCUCCUCUUUCCUCUGCUGUGGAUGCUUUGGUCCGUCGUGUCGUACGGUGCAGCCGCGUUCGUUGUCCAGAGGCGGCUUCGGCUGCAAGGCCACGACGUGUAAUCGACGAAAACAUCCAUUGCUUCCACACUUCGAGCGACUGCACAAAUCUUGGCGCGAGUGCGUUUGCAAUUAGGAUAACCAGUGUCGAGACACAACGCACGUAAAAACGAGUGGACCUGUCACCGCAGGGGAACCAAAACGAAGCAGCCUAAACCUUCCUACCACUUCGACAGCCCGAGCCAUUCACACGAGAGCAUGGCUCGAGGUUGUUGUACUUACAAGUGAAGCAGCUCUUCGUCAAAUCAACCUCACCAUGGUUGCGGCAUAAGUCAAACGUGUGGACCAUGGUUGGGCCCUGAAAGCUCGAGUGACGAGCAACCCUCACCAGUCCAUCGUGGUCUCGUGGGUUACAUGACGAGCUCCACGAUGCCAAAGUUGUCUGCUUUAGUCAACGAAAGGCCGCCUUCCACUCGCGCACGGACAAGAGACCGUGGAAUCACCACUGGGUAUGGAAUCCACGUUGUUUUGUUCAACCUGCACGUACUCGCGCCAUCUUGACACCAGGACACCUCUGAAUUUGGCACUUGUACGAGCUGCAAGGACGACGGAGUACUCCCCUAUGGCACAUGCGCAUUGGGCCAUUGUGGCGAAUGAGUGUCGAUAACACCGUACGACUGGUAGAAUGGGUGCUCAAGGCCGACUCAACCUUCACGACUGAUCGCCGCACGGACAGUCCAGCAGCAAAACAGUGUGGCGUUUAUGCUGGCCGUAGUGGUGGCGCUCGU